GGCAAACAAUCCUUUGGCAUUGACUUAUAACUAGGCUAGGGUUGUGAAUUAAAAAAAUGCAUUGCUGAAUUAAGUAGGAUUACGAUAAUGGCCAGGAUAAGUGACUAUCUUUGGUGUUCUAAGUGUGUUUCUGAAGAGCUGCAUGGAGGAUGAAUACAUUGUGUUAGUGUUAUUUUGAAAAUACAAAGUGGGACAUGUCAAUUGUUUGUUAAUUUCCCUUUCCAAGACAACAAUGUGGAAUAGAAUGUUGCAGAGAGAAUGACAGAGUUAAUAUAUGGAAUCAAUCUGAUGCUCCACCUGCUGUGGUGGUGACCCGUGUACUGUUGAGGGGACUUCCUUUUCACCUUGCCUGUUUGAGCUCUCAAGAUUUGUUCUACUCGAGAAAAAGCUUCAAUCUUUGGCGAGGAAAAAAAGUAGAGAGAGAGAGUAUCGGGUUGACAAUGGAUUCAGGUGAUGCAUCUGGAUAUUCAGCUGGGGUGGAUGAUGAUUAUGAGUCUUUACUUUCAACGACUGAUGCGGAGCUCUUAAAACGAGCAUGGCGGAAUGAAAAGGCUGCUCCUGAAAUUCUUCAACAUGAGACUGCUUUGGUUCAAAGAUCCAGAGAACAAAUUCAAUUGAUGGAAGAAACAGUAGAGGAAUUUUCAAAAAAUGGUGUUGAUCCGCUCACUUUAUCUCUUUACCAGAUGGACCUUGAUAGAACUCUGUUUCUAUUAAGAUCAUACUUAAGAACCCGUCUCCAAAAGAUUGAAAAUUAUGCAUUUCACAUACAAAAAAAUACCGACUUAUGGAAUCGUCUGUCUAAACAAGAACAAAAAUUUGCUGAAAGGUGUAUUGAUGAUACGGAGCAACAUCUAGAUCAAUCCGUUCUCUCAAAGUUGCCUCAUGGCUUCAAGUCCCACUUGAAGCAAUCUUCACUAAGUUUGGCAGAUGACAUGGUUCUUGAGCCGCAACUAGAUCAAUAUGUUAUCUGCAGAAGCAAGAAGUUUUUAGGAUCUUUUCAACUUGAUGACAGUGGGGAAGAACCAGUGAACAUUGAAGCCAAUGAUUUGUAUGCUCUACCUUACAAGUCUAUAAAGCCACUUGUGGAGAGUGGGCAGAUUGAUCUGGUAUGAGAGUAUAGGAAAUGGAGCAGUCCUAUGUUGUGCAGACUCUCAAAAUAUGUUGCUGUACCCGUAUCAGAUCCUCCAAAAAUGCACUACGUUUGGAGGAUCCAGCACACCCAUGAACAUUUUUGAAAAGUUCGAGCAACAUUGGGAAACAUUGCCCCUUUGUUUUCUGCUGAUAGGAAACUGACGAUAUGCCACAAAUCGAAAAUUAUAUUAUCCAACAAUGUUGUAGUUUGUAACAAAUGCAGCAUUGGACUAGAACUCUUUUACAAUCUUGUUAACUUCUCAAGAAUGGUUUCCCUUAUUGUGGUAUGAGUAGUGUUCU